UCGUUCACAUGAUCUUGUGCAGGAGAAUGGGGCAGGCUCCGACUCGGACAGUUUAUGUUUUCUUCACAGAAGCGGCGGUUGAGUUUGAAUUCUACGACAAACUUCUGGUCUCGCGGAUAGCCCAGAUCUGUACAGGUGAUCUCGGUAGGAGGCGCACCCUGAAGAAAAAGUGGACCUCGUUUCUAAAGGCCACCCUUGUCUGCUCAGCUCCUGAAUCAGAUUUUCAGUUCAAUGUCCUCCACGCUGUCUUCAUGAUCAAAACAACCAACUGGCAGGAAAGCAUCUUUUAUGGGAUUUUCACCCAGCAUGUGGGGGAGAUUGGACAUCUCCGCCAUUUGUGCGUUCAGGAUGGAAGCCGUUCAAGACGUCUUCCAGAAAGGAAACUUCAAAGGCCCCCUUGCCGUUGAGAAUUCACAUGCAAAAUGGGUGGUGCACAGGGGAGAGGUCCCCACGCCUCGUCCGGGUGCUGUAAGUUGUCCCCCUCCCUUCCCUGGUUGACCAUCUAUGCCCCCAUGUGGUAAGUGUUCAAGUGGAUAUCACUUGUUUGUACCAAACAGGUGAACGUCUGAAUAAAAGGAAUACUGUAACCAUC